AUGGUUCGUCUAGCAUCUCGUCGUGAGGUGCGUCCUCCGGUCCAAUCGCCAUCCACAUCACCCUCGCUCUGUGGAAGUAGGAUUCGCCCGGGCUUUCCCGUCAUCAAAGCUGCCAUUCCCAAGAUCAAAGUCAAGGAAAUACCCCUUAUUCUUGGUAGAACACAGUGCAUAAUUUGUGUGGGCGAAGAGCGGCUCCCAUACGCUUCGCGCAUGCGCUCAUUUAAGCGCGUAUCUCAUAUGAUGGACCACGUGGAGAACGUGCAUCUUAGGCAUGAGCGCGACGAAGGAAGAUUCGUUUGCCGUUAUCCACAAUGUGCGCUUUUUGGUGACUUCUUAUCCAGUUUAGAUGCCUUCAAGAAGCAUGUGCAACAGGUACAUGGCGCAGAGUCGUCCGAGACUGACCUGGAACGGACGAUGUAA